UGCUACCCUUGGGGAGAGAGGAGCUGCAACCAGGAGAGACUGUGAUCCUGCUAGUGAAGAGCUUAACGAUUGGUGAUUGUUGGGGCACAUUUGGCAGGAUCUUCAGUGACAAAGACUGCUCAACUUGCUGAUUUCUCACAAUAUGCCACCAGGGUCGUCUCAGUCACCAGGUCUUAACCCAAUUCAACACUUACGGGAGGUUCUGGAGAGGCGCCAUCAUCAAAAAAUAAAUACAUGGAAUUUGUCGUGGAAGAAUGUCACAUACCUCCAAUAGAGUUCCAGACACUUGUAGAAUGUAUGCCAAGGCAUAUCGUAAGAGCUAUAAAGAGAGAGGGAGUGUUAGAGAGAACAGGCAGAACCUGAUAUGUAAAUGAGUAGAGCAAAUGAAAGUAACUUUCUACUACCGAAUGAUCAUUCCAGACUCUGCUUCUGUUGAGAGAGAAAUAUAAGGGGUCAGUGAUCUAAAAUGAGUCUGGGGCCCUGCUUCUAAAAUGAGUCUCCCUGGGGAACAUGACACCAAAGCUAAGAGGGCUCAGUGCUAUAAAAUGAGUCUCUCUGGGGAGAGAGAGGAGGGGGUCCCUGCCUCUAAAAUGAAUCUCUCUGGGGAGAGAGAGGAGGGGGUCCCUGCCUCUAAAAUGAAUCUCUCUGGGGAACAUGACACCAAAGCUAAGAGUCCAAUCAAGCAGGAGAGACCAGCCUCCCCUGUACCCAGCUGUGUGUCCAUGAAGAGUGAUCGGUCUAUGCGUCAACCUAUAGUGUUUAGAGAGGGAGACUUUUCACCUGAACAAAGAAACCAACAGGAUCGAUCAGAGAUUCUCAGUGGUCAGUCUUCCCAGAGUCAUCAAACAGACCUGGCCUCCAUAUUCAGUUUGCUUGAAGAGAAUAUUAUGAUAUUUGUGAAGAAUGAGCUGACAAUGUUCAAGAGGAUUCUUAGUCCAGAAAUCCCAGAAGGCUUUGAGAGUCAGAAGCAGGAUAAGGAAGUGGAUGCUGAAGAUGAGAAGCAGGAGAGCAGUGCCAGAGAGGGGGCUCUGAAGAUCACACUGCACAUCCUGAGGAAAAUGAAUCAGAAGGAGCUUGCUGACGCACUGGAGAAAAAUGAGCUUGCUGUGAUUUACAAACGUGAACUCAAAUCUAAUCUAAAGAAGAAGUUUCAAUGUGUAUUUGAGGGGAUCGCUAAACAAGGAAACCCAACACUUCUCAAUAAGAUCUACACUGAGCUCUACAUCACAGAGGGCGGAACAGGAGAGGUCAAUAAUGAACAUGAGCUGAGACAGAUUGAGACAACAACCAGGAAACAAGCAAGACCAGAGACUGCAAUCAAAUGUAACGACAUCUUCACACCCUUAACUGGACAAGACAAACUUUUCAGAACUGUGCUGACAAAGGGAGUCGCUGGCAUUGGAAAAACACUCUCUGUGCAGAAGUUCAUCCUGGACUGGGCUGAAGGAAAAGCAAAUCAGGAUGUCCAAUUUGUAUUUUCAUUCCCUUUUCGGGAGCUGAAUUUAAUAAAAGGGAAAAAACACACUUUGAUUGACCUUCUCAAUCACUUCUCAAUGGAAAACAAAGAAUCAAGAAUCUCCAACUACGACAAGUACAAAGUUUUGUUCAUCUUUGAUGGUCUGGAUGAGUGCCGACUGCCCCUAGACUUUCAGAAGAACAAGUUCUGUUGUGAUGUCACAAAGUCAACCUCAGUAGAUGUUCUAUUGACAAAUCUCAUCAAGGGAAAUCUGCUUCCCUCUGCUCUCCUCUGGAUAACUACCCGACCUGCAGCAGCCAGUAAGAUCCCUUCAGGUUGUGUUGACCAGGUGACAGAGGUACGAGGGUUCAAUGACCCACAGAAGGAGGAGUACUUUAGGAAGAGAUUCAGUGAUAAGGAUCUGGCCAGCAGAAUCAUCUCGCACAUAAAGACUUCAAGGAGCCUCCACAUCAUGUGCCACAUUCCAGUAUUCUGUUGGAUUUCUGCAAUAGUCCUUGAACACAUGCUGAAACAUAAGAGAGAAGAGAUGCCCAAGACUCUGACUGAGAUGUACACACACCUUGUGGUGUUUCAUACCAAACAAAAGAAUGACAAGUAUCUUGGGAAAGAAGAGACAGGUCCACACUGGAAUACAGAGAACAUUCUGUCACUGGGAAAACUGGCUUUUCAACAGCUUGUGAAGGGAAAUAUAAUGUUCUAUGAAGAAGACCUGAAAGAGGCUGGCAUUGAUGUCAAUGAAGCCUCAGUGUACUCAGGAUUGUGCACACAGCUCUUUAAAGAUGAAUGUGGGCUGUACCAGGACAAGGUGUACUGCUUCGUACAUCUGAGCAUUCAGGAGUUUCUGGCUGCUGUAUAUGUGUUCCUCUCAUUCAUUAACAACAAUGAAAAUCUAAUGGUCAAACCUCAAUCAAUGCCCAGUAACUUUUGCGCUGUUCAAAACAAGCAUGAGGUUACUUUCUACAAGAGUGCUGUGGAUAAAGCCUUACAGAGUGAGACGGGAAACCUGGACCUUUUCCUCCGCUUCCUUCUGGGCCUCUCACUGGAGUCCAAUCAGAAGCACUUAGGAGGUCUACUGACAAAGACAAGAAGCAGCUCACAAUGCCAUGAAGAAACAGUCAAGUACAUCAAGGAGAAGAUCAGGGAGAAUCCCUCUCCAGAGAGGUGCAUCAAUCUGUUCCACUGUCUGAAUGAACUGAAUGACCAUUCUCUAGUGGAGGAGAUCCAAAGCUACCUGAGAUCAGGAAGUGUCUCCAGUGAAGAACUGUCACCUGCACAGUGGUCAGCUCUGAUCUUUGUGUUGCUGACUUCAGAAAAGGAGCUGGAUGUGUUUGACCUGAAGAAAUACUCCAGAUCAAAUGAAGGAGUUCUGAUGCUGCUGCCAGUGGUCAAAGCAUCCAAAGCUGCUCUGCUGUCUGGCUGUGGAGUCACAGAGGAAAGCUGUACUUUUCUGGCCUCAGCUCUGAAGUCAAACCCCUCACACCUGAGAGUUCUGGAUCUGAGUUACAAUGACCUGAAGGAUUCAGGAGUGAAGCUGCUCUCUGCUGGCCUGGGGAAUCCCUGCUGUAAACUGGAGACUCUGAGGUUGUCAGCCUGUCUAGUCACAGAGGAAGGUUGUGCUUCUCUGGGCUCAGCUCUGAGGUCAAACCAAUCACACCUGAGAAACCUGGAUCUGAGUCACAAUGACCUGAAAGUGAAGCUGCUCUCUGCUGUACUGGGGAAUCCCCACUGUAAACUGGAAAGUCUGAGGUUGUCAGCCUGUCUAGUCACAGAAGAAGGCUGUGCUUCUCUGGUCUCAGCUCUGAGGUCAAACCCCUCACACCUGAGAGAGCUGGAUCUGAGUAACAAUGACCUGAAGGAUUCAGGAGUGAAGCUUCUCUCUGCUGGACGGAAUCCCCACUGUAAACUGGAGACUCUGAGGCUGUCAGGCUGUCUAAUCACACAGGAAGGGUGUUCUUCUCUGGGCUCAGCUCUGAGGUCAAACCCCUCACACCUGAGAGAGCUGGAUCUGAGUAACAAUGACCUGAAGGAUUCAGGAGUGAAGCUGCUCUCUGCUGGACUGGGGAAUGCCCACUGUAAACUGGAGACUCUGAGGCUGUCAGGCUGUCUAGUCACAGAGGAAGGCUGUGCUUCUCUGGUCUCAGCUUUGAGGUCAAACCCCUCACACCUGAGAGAGCUGGACCUGAGCUACAAUUAUCCACGAGACUCAGGAGUCAGAUUGCUCUCUGCUGGACUGGAGGAUCCACACUGCAGACUGGAGAAACUCAAUGUGGAACAUGGUGGAGAGAAGACAAUGAAACCUGGGCUUAGAAAAUAUGCCUGUGAUCUCACACUGGACCCAAACACAGUAAAUAGAUACCUCUCUCUGUCUGAGGAGAACAGAAAGGUGACAUGGAGGACAAAGGACCAGCCGUAUCCUGAUCACCCAGAGAGGUUUGAGGUCUGGGAACAGGAGCUGUGUAGAGAGGGUCUGACUGGGCGCUGUUACUGGGAGGUAGAGUGGAGUGGGAUAGGGGCUGAUAUGGGAGUGACAUAUAAAGGAAUCAUCAGGAGAGGAAGGGGUAAUGAUAGUAGGCUUGGAUGGAAUGACAAGUCCUGGAGUCUGGACUGCUCUAACAACAGUUACAGAGCCUGGCACAAUAAUAAUACCACCACCAUAGACGUCCCAUCCUCCAGCUCCCACAGAGUAGGAGUGUAUCUGGACUGGCCAGCCGGCACUCUGUCCUUCUACAGAGUCUCUGACACACUGACCCACCUGUACACAUUCCACACCACAUUCACUGAGCCCCUCUAUCCAGGGUUUUAUGUUUGGUAUGACUCCUCAGUGUCCCUGUGUCAGGUGGUCCCUGUGUCAAACACAACAUGAUGUUUCACUCUAAUCCUGGUCCUGUUCAGUAAGACACACUGGAGCAACAAUGUAGAAUAUCUCUCUCGUGUGUAAACAUAUGAUUGUAAACAUUCAUUAACACACACCAUUGAAAUUGACAAACAUUGUCAACUAGAGUCAUUCAUUAAUGUAAUUAAUCACCACAUUGUGUUGUAAUUUAGAAAUCAUUGAUCUUCUUGUUAUUGGACUUCUUGGUGUUUGGAAAUAUUGUUGUCUGUAGACAGUUUAUUUUUAAAAUUCUUGACACAACAGUCAUGUUUCUGUAUAAACUAAAUUCCACUGAAUGAAAUGUACAUGUGACUA